GAUCGAUAAAAGAAAAAGGGUGUAUUAUUUUGGUAUAUAAAUUUAAAUAUAUAUGUUAAUAUCUUAAAUGUGGCUAUAAAAUAUAUAAAUACGUCCUCCAACGGCUUUCUGUUGAUAAACGUCGAAUCUACUCCCGGUGAUCACAAACUUGGCGCCUGGUUGUUGACAUACUGCGCAAGCGCACUGAGCUGUUUUUUUCCGGGGUGGGAAAUUUCGUAGCCUGCAUUUGCAGUUCUUCAUCAAAACAUGCGUUUUUACAUCGCAACUUGGCAAUUUUGCGGUGUGUAAACUCCAACCGAUGUGCCCUGCGUUCCUUCGUGCGUCCAUCGAUUCCUGAACAGCAUUCAGCUAGGAGCUGAGCGGUCCGUAACAGCAUGAAGAUCGCUGUGGAGGGUUGUUGCCAUGGCGAGCUGGACAAGAUCUAUGAAACCAUCGCCUACCUGGAGAAGAAGCAAGACGUCAAGGUGGAUCUUCUUCUUUGCUGUGGGGACUUCCAGGCCGUGAGAAACGAAGGCGACCUCAAGUGCAUGGCGGUGCCUGCCAAGUACAGAACCAUGCAGACUUUUUACAAGUACUUUUCUGGAGAGAAAAAGGCUCCAAUUCUAACCAUCUUCAUCGGCGGUAACCACGAGGCCUCCAAUCACCUGCAGGAGCUGCCUUACGGAGGCUGGGUGGCGCCCAAUAUUUAUUAUCUGGGUUAUGCUGGCGUUGUCCGCUACAAGGGGGUCCGAAUCGGAGGCGUGUCAGGGAUCUUCAAAUCCCACGACUACAGAAGAGGUCACCAUGAAUUCCCUCCAUACAACCCUGAAACCCUGAGAAGCGUCUAUCAUGUCCGAAAUAUCGAGGUGUUCAAGCUAAAGCAGAUCCGCAUGCCGGUGGACAUCUUCAUGAGCCACGACUGGCCCCGGGGGGUCUACCACCACGGCCACACUGAGGAACUGUUGCGCAAGAAGAAGUUUCUGCGUCACGAAGUGGAGUCCAACUCUUUGGGCAGCCCCGCCGCCGCUGAGCUGCUGGACCACCUGCAGCCCGCCUACUGGUUCUCGGCGCAUCUUCACGUCAAAUUUGCUGCCCUGGUGGAGCAUCCGCCUAAAGCCAACGCCGCGCCACGCGUCACCAAAUUCCUGUCGCUGGAUAAGUGCCUGCCCUAUCGGCAGUUCCUGCAGAUUGUGGACGUUCCGGAGAGGGACGGUUCAGCCGAGGAUUUGGAGUACGACCCCGAGUGGCUCGCCAUUCUAAAGGCCACAAACGAUCUGCAGAGGACCACCAAUCAUCCCUGGAACCCUCCUGAGAACAAUGGCCUGCACGAACGGUGGAACUUUGGCGUUUCCGACGAAGCAAUGAUGAAGGUGGUUGAAGAGCUCAGUGGCGAGCUCGCCAUCCCGGACAACUUCAGUCGUACCGUGCCCGCUUUUGACCCUGGCAACCCCCAGUACCACUCGGCCCCCAGCUACAACGCCAACCCCCAGACCACCGAGCUGUGCGCCACCUUAGGCCUCACCGACAUCUAUGCCCGGGUGGGGCAAGGCGGCAACGCGAGGGGGGCUCAGGGUGGAGAGGAGGAGGAGGAGGAAGAAGACAAAGCUUCAGGAGACGACGAGCCCAGCGAGUACCCUACGGACACUUCCGGCAUGUCAAACUCGUUUAAUCCGGAUGAGAUCACCAUCGAAGACGAGUGGGAGGAAGAGCUAGAGAGCGGCUCUGAUCCGAAACCACUCGAUGGGGACGCCGCUCUCACGCCCCGCAUGGUCCUACCCCCGCCCAAGUUCGAAGCGUCCCCCAUUCCCAUGUCUUCUCUCAUGGACCUUCCACCCCCCUGCCACUCCACGCCCUCAAACGCCCGCCUUCAUUCUGGGGUGGAGGUGGACGCAGAGGACGGGGACGCAGCUACUGCUGUACCACGCGCCCCCAAACGGACCAGCGACGAGGCCAGCAGUAAUGUAAGCGGGACCACGACGCCGCGGAUCAAACGCAGAAACCAAAUCAUCUAUACCCGAGUGGAAGACGAGUGUGAUGAUUAGUCUUCCUUUAUUUAUGUAUUAACUUCCGGUCUUUUUAACACAGAGGACAAAAUCUUAUUUUUCCUCUUUUAAAAAUAUAUAUUUUAAAUACCGGUACUCGUUUUUAGAAGCAGGUAUUGAGUUAUUUUUUGGUAAAUGUGAAU